CUCCUCUCCGCACGAAUGGGGCGACCGGAGAAGCGUUCACGCGCUUCGGGCGGAGGUAUCAUAAUUUUAGCUUCUAGGCUAGGUGACGCAAGCUACCGCCUAUUAAAAAGGGUACAGCCGUCCAUUCAUUUAUCCAGCCAGCGCAGUAGCGACCACUGUGGCCAACGUUGACUGUGACAGCGACCGAGCCACCGAGCUGUUUUUCCGUCUCCCUCGGGCCGUGUUCCCGCAUGCGUUUCUGACGACGGCCGUCGCGCCAGCGGUGCUGUCCUCUUCCCAGUUCCCAUCCGGGCGUGAACGCAAGCUGCUUCGCGCCAAGCAUGAAGCUCGCCGCCGUCGCAGUGCUGCUGUGCGCGCUCGCACACUGCGUGUUGGGUGCCGACCUUCCGGACGUGCCUACGACCGUUCCGACCUCGCCCAACGAGGCGGUGUCUGUACCCUCGGCACCCCAGAAGAACGAGACAACCGUCGAACCCCCGGUGACGACUCCUAAUGGGACGACGGUGGCUCCCCCGGUGCCCACCACCAACGGGACGACGGUGGCUCCCCCGGUGCCCACCACCAAUGGGACGACGGUGGCUCCCCCGGUGCCCACCACCAACGGGACGACGGUGGCUCCCCCGUCGACCACCACCAACGGGACGGAGGCGCCCACGACCCCCGCGUCGGUGCCGACUGCGGCCCCCUCGGGCCAGCUGCCCGAGCGGCACUUCGACGCCCUCAGCUUCGUCGGGGGCAUCAUCCUGUCCCUGGGUUGCCUGGCCAUCCUCUACGUGGGCUUCAAGUUCUACAAGGCACGCACAGAGCGCAACUACCACACGCUCUGAGCCCGCCCCCGCUCGGCCCCCGGGGCCACCUUCCGCAGGUUCCACGGAGGCGGGCCCCGUGUUUCGGGGCCGACUUGCGGUCCUUCUGCGGGACGUCCCCGGGACGAGCGGCUGGCGGCAAGUGCGCGAGCUAGCUGGCCUCGGGCGGGCCGGGUCCUCCCGACCGUGCGGCGCCAGGGCUAGUCCACUGCGGCGGAAUGGGGAGGAAGACUCGCUGCUCCGUCACGGUUGCCCGGCCGGCCCGCCAUCGAGUCGGUCGGGGUCUCGUCCUCGGGCAAUAAGGGUAAAAAGUCGGGUCCCCCGAGCCGCGCCUCUGCGGGACAAUCUUUUGUUGGGUCGCUUCAACCUUUCUAGCCUCUUUUGUCUACGCCGUUCCGGCUGCAUCCUAGUGGAUGGGGCAGUCAGUUGAGAGUCAAAAAUUGCGGCGGCGUUUUCGUCUUGCGUGGAAUAGAGGUUGUCUCUCGGGCAUAACUCGUUAGCUGAUUUCUUUUGGGGGCACCGCAAAGGCCGUUUCGUCAACGUGCGCGUCGGCGCUAUUCUUUCGCCGUAAACUGCGUGGUAACCGCCGUGAGAAGUUGCCGUGAAAGAAAAUUGCGAGUCUAAAUGAUGCGUCCCCGUUCUCUUCUCGAUCCGCGAUGGGUCUGUCGCGAGCGGAGAGAUCGGCCCCUCUGUCACUGGCGCCUGUUGCCUCGCGCUGCUCCCGCAAACUCGUUGCUGCCGUCGUUAGUUUCUGCAAAUUCGACGCGGACGCUCGAAACCGGCGGUCGUUGUAGAUAUGUACGGCGAUUUGUGCCGACUCCCGCGCGGUGCUCCCAGUGCACCUACUGCGGCUUGCAAAGCUUAGCGAGGGUGACACCUCGCUUUCGUGCAGCUUGCACAUUCCCUCCGACUGCCCCGUACUUACGAGACACGCUUAAUGGCUGCAGAAGCUUCUGCUGGAGUCGCUUAAGAAUGCUUCUUCCAACGCUUACUUCUAAAGAUUGCUUUAUUUGUUCUUAAUAUCGACAUAAUGCUGCCCAAGUUCCUUGCGUCUCUAGGCCCAGGCUUAAUACCUGCUGCAGAAGCACGCCUGCGGUACAUUUUUUUCCCCAAUCUGAAGCAAACGCUGCCUCGAUUUCUUAACGCGAUGCUCUCCAACCCGCUCCUGCAAGGGCUCUGCCCAAUUGCGAGCUGGCCCCUGGAUCCUCACAGUGCCGUCGGGAGACAUCUAUACCUGUAAAUAGGAGCUGCACCUGUAAUUUAUUCUGGUAUGGAGCGAAUAAAGGUACUAGAUUUUUCGGUGGA